GGGCCUACUUUGACAACAUAAUGGAUGAGUCUUCUCCUUUGACCAAGCCUCUGGAACUGAACCAGCACUCUCGAUUCAUAAUUGGCUCUGUAUCUGAAGAUAACUCGGAGGAUGAGAUCAGCAACUUGGUGAAACUGGACCUGCUGGAAGAGAAAGAAGGAUCUUUAUCACCAGCUUCUGUCAACUCAGAUACUCUCCCUGACUUGGGACUCCCGAGUUUACAGGAUGGCUUGGCCUUACACAUGAGGUCCAGCAUGUCUGGCUUACACCUGGUAAAACAAGGCCGAGACCGAAAGAAGAUAGAUUCUCAGAGAGAUUUCACUGUUGCUUCUCCAGCAGAGUUUGUUACUCGUUUUGGGGGAAAUAAAGUGAUUGAAAAGGUUCUCAUUGCCAAUAAUGGCAUUGCUGCAGUGAAAUGCAUGAGAUCUAUCCGUAGAUGGUCUUAUGAGAUGUUUCGAAAUGAACGUGCAAUUCGAUUUGUUGUCAUGGUGACGCCUGAAGAUCUUAAAGCAAAUGCAGAGUACAUUAAGAUGGCAGAUCACUAUGUCCCAGUGCCUGGAGGACCAAACAACAACAACUAUGCAAAUGUGGAACUAAUUCUUGAUAUUGCUAAAAGGAUCCCAGUACAAGCUGUAUGGGCUGGAUGGGGCCAUGCUUCUGAAAAUCCCAAGCUUCCUGAACUCCUCUUAAAGAAUGGCAUUGCCUUUAUGGGCCCUCCGAGCCAAGCCAUGUGGGCUCUGGGAGAUAAGAUUGCCUCUUCUAUAGUAGCUCAAACGGCAGGUAUCCCAACUCUUCCCUGGAGUGGUAGUGGUCUUCGUAUGGACUGGCAAGAGAGUGAUUUUUCAAAGCGCAUUUUGAAUGUUCCUCAGGAUCUAUAUGAGAAAGGUUAUGUGAAGGAUGUUGAUGCUGGGUUGCAGGCAGCUGAAGAAGUUGGUUAUCCAGUUAUGAUCAAGGCUUCAGAAGGAGGAGGAGGAAAGGGAAUCAGAAAAGUGAACAAUGCUGAUGACUUUCCUAACCUCUUCAGACAGGUUCAAGCUGAAGUUCCUGGGUCCCCUAUCUUUGUGAUGAGAUUAGCCAAACAGUCUCGUCACUUGGAGGUGCAAAUCUUAGCAGAUCAGUAUGGCAAUGCAAUCUCCUUGUUUGGUCGUGACUGCUCUGUGCAGCGAAGGCACCAGAAGAUCAUAGAAGAGGCUCCUGCCACUAUUGCAACUCCAGCAGUAUUUGAGCAUAUGGAACAGUGUGCUGUGAAACUUGCCAAGAUGGUAGGUUAUGUCAGUGCUGGGACUGUGGAGUACCUCUACAGCCAGGAUGGCAGCUUCUACUUCUUGGAGCUGAAUCCGCGGCUGCAGGUGGAGCACCCUUGUACGGAGAUGGUGGCUGAUGUCAACCUUCCAGCGGCACAACUCCAGAUUGCCAUGGGUAUUCCUCUGUACAGAAUUAAGGAUAUCCGAAUGAUGUAUGGAGUCUCACCUUGGGGAGAUGUCCCCAUUGAUUUUGAAAACUCUGCUCAUGUCCCAUCCCCGAGGGGUCAUGUCAUUGCUGCUCGGAUCACUAGUGAGAAUCCUGAUGAGGGUUUUAAGCCCAGUUCAGGAACAGUCCAGGAAUUGAAUUUCCGCAGCAAUAAGAAUGUAUGGGGAUAUUUCAGUGUUGCUGCAGCAGGUGGACUUCACGAGUUUGCAGAUUCUCAAUUUGGUCACUGCUUCUCCUGGGGAGAAAACCGAGAGGAAGCCAUUUCAAACAUGGUAGUGGCUCUGAAGGAGCUUUCUAUCCGGGGAGACUUCCGGACUACCGUCGAGUACCUGAUCAAGCUGCUGGAGACAGAGAGCUUCCAGCAUAACCGCAUUGAUACGGGCUGGCUGGACAGGCUGAUCGCCGAGAAAGUACAGGCAGAGCGUCCUGAUACCAUGUUGGGGGUUGUAUGUGGGGCUCUACAUGUGGCAGAUGUGAGCCUUCGGAACAGUGUCUCCAAUUUCCUUCACUCAUUAGAGAGGGGUCAGGUCCUUCCUGCUCACACACUCCUAAACACAGUUGAUGUUGAGCUUAUAUAUGAAGGAGCCAAGUAUGUGCUGAAGGUGACCCGGCAAUCCCCUAACUCCUAUGUGGUGAUCAUGAAUGGUUCCUGUGUAGAGGUGGAUGUGCACCGUCUGAGUGAUGGAGGAUUACUUUUGUCCUAUGAUGGAAGUAGUUAUACAACCUACAUGAAGGAAGAAGUGGAUAGAUACCGCAUCACAAUUGGCAAUAAGACCUGUGUAUUUGAAAAGGAGAAUGAUCCAUCUGUACUCCGUUCACCUUCUGCUGGAAAGUUGAUCCAAUAUAUUGUGGAGGAUGGAGGCCAUGUGUUUGCUGGCCAGUGCUAUGCUGAGAUUGAGGUGAUGAAGAUGGUAAUGACACUAAUAGCUGUUGAAUCUGGUUGUAUCCACUAUGUCAAGCGGCCUGGAGCAGCCCUUGACCCUGGUUGUGUUAUUGCCAAGUUGCAGCUGGAUAAUCCCAGUAAGGUUCAGCAGGCUGAGCUACACACUGGAAGUUUGCCAAAGAUCCAGAGUACAGCACUCAGAGGCGAGAAACUUCAUCGGGUCUUCCAUUACGUCCUAGAUAAUCUGGUCAACGUUAUGAAUGGUUACUGCCUUCCAGACCCUUUCUUUAAUAGCAAGGUAAAAGAUUGGGUGGAGAGGUUGAUGAAAACCCUCAGAGAUCCUUCCCUGCCUCUCCUAGAAUUGCAGGACAUUAUGACCAGUGUUUCAGGCCGUAUACCCCCCAAUGUGGAGAAGUCCAUCAAGAAGGAAAUGGCCCAGUACGCCAGCAAUAUCACUUCUGUCCUUUGUCAGUUUCCCAGCCAGCAGAUUGCCAAUAUCCUAGAUAGUCACGCAGCUACAUUGAACCGGAAGUCUGAACGCGAAGUCUUCUUCAUGAACACACAAAGUAUUGUGCAGCUUGUGCAAAGGUACCGAAGUGGCAUCAGAGGCCACAUGAAAGCUGUGGUAAUGGAUCUGCUCCGACAGUACUUGCGAGUGGAGACUCAGUUCCAGAAUGGUCACUAUGAUAAGUGUGUCUUCACCCUUCGGGAAGAGAACAAAAGUGAUAUGAAUACUGUGCUGAACUACAUCUUUUCCCAUGCCCAAGUCACCAAGAAGAACCUUCUGGUCACCAUGCUUAUUGAUCAGUUAUGUGGCCGGGAUCCAACCCUUACAGAUGAGCUACUGAACAUCCUUACAGAACUGACUCAGCUCAGCAAAACCACCAAUGCCAAAGUGGCACUUCGAGCCCGGCAGGUUCUCAUUGCCUCCCAUUUACCAUCCUAUGAACUUCGCCAUAACCAAGUAGAGUCUAUUUUUCUAUCGGCUAUUGACAUGUACGGACAUCAGUUUUGCAUUGAAAACCUACAGAAACUUAUCUUAUCUGAAACCUCCAUUUUUGAUGUCCUCCCAAACUUCUUCUACCAUAGCAACCAGGUAGUGAGAAUGGCAGCUCUGGAGGUAUAUGUACGAAGGGCCUACAUUGCUUAUGAACUCAAUAGUGUCCAACAUCGCCAACUAAAGGAUAAUACCUGCGUGGUAGAGUUCCAGUUCAUGCUGCCCACAUCUCACCCGAACAGAGGGAACAUCCCCACGCUAAACAGAAUGUCCUUCUCCUCCAACCUCAACCACUAUGGCAUGGCUCACGUAGCCAGUGUCAGUGAUGUGCUACUAGACAACUCAUUCACUCCACCGUGCCAAAGGAUGGGCGGGAUGGUUUCUUUCCGGACUUUUGAAGACUUUGUCAGAAUUUUUGAUGAAGUAAUGGGCUGCUUCUGUGACUCGCCACCACAAAGCCCUACAUUCCCCGAGGCAGGCCACACUUCGCUGUAUGAUGAAGACAAGGCUGCCAGGGAUGAACCAAUUCACAUCCUGAAUGUGGCUAUCAAGACUGACUGUGACAUUGAGGAUGACAGACUAGCAGCCAUGUUUAGAGAUUUCACUCAGCAAAAUAAAGCUGCUCUUGUUGAACAUGGGAUCCGGCGGCUUACAUUCCUGGUUGCACAAAAGGAUUUCAGAAAACAGGUCAACUAUGAGGUGGAUCAACGAUUUCAUAGAGAGUUUCCUAAAUUUUUCACAUUCCGAGCAAGGGAUAAGUUUGAGGAAGAUCGUAUCUAUCGUCACUUGGAACCUGCCCUGGCUUUCCAACUGGAGCUGAACCGAAUGAGGAAUUUUGACCUCACUGCUAUUCCAUGUGCCAACCAUAAGAUGCAUUUAUAUCUUGGGGCAGCCAAAGUGGAAGUGGGUACUGAAGUGACAGACUACAGAUUUUUUGUAAGAGCAAUCAUCAGGCAUUCAGAUUUGGUCACCAAGGAAGCCUCUUUUGAGUAUCUGCAGAAUGAGGGGGAGCGUCUGCUCCUGGAAGCCAUGGAUGAGUUGGAGGUUGCUUUUAACAAUACAAAUGUCCGAACUGAUUGCAACCAUAUCUUCCUCAACUUUGUGCCCACAGUCAUCAUGGAUCCGUCAAAGAUUGAGGAGUCUGUGAGGAGCAUGGUGAUGCGCUAUGGAAGCCGACUGUGGAAACUUCGAGUUCUCCAAGCAGAGCUGAAAAUUAAUAUCCGCUUAACACCAACUGGAAAAGCAAUUCCCAUCCGCCUCUUCCUGACCAAUGAGUCUGGCUAUUACUUGGACAUCAGUCUGUACAAGGAAGUGACUGACUCUAGGACAGCACAGAUCAUGUUCCAGGCAUAUGGAGACAAACAGGGUCCAUUACAUGGGAUGCUGAUCAAUACUCCCUAUGUGACCAAAGACUUGCUACAAUCCAAGAGAUUCCAGGCACAAACCUUAGGGACAACAUAUAUUUAUGAUAUUCCUGAGAUGUUCCGGCAGUCUCUUAUCAAACUCUGGGAAUCUAUGUCAGCCCAAGCAUUCCUACCAGCCCCACCACUGCCUUCUGAUAUGCUAACUUACACUGAGUUGGUGUUGGAUGAUCAAGGUCAGCUGGUACAUAUGAACAGGCUUCCAGGAGGAAACGAGAUAGGCAUGGUGGCUUGGAAAAUGACACUCAAGAGUCCUGAGUAUCCAGAAGGAAGAGAUAUUAUUGUUAUCGGAAAUGAUAUCACCUAUCGAAUUGGGUCCUUUGGACCUCAAGAAGAUGUGCUAUUUCUGAGGGCUUCUGAGCUUGCCAGGGCAGAGGGUAUCCCUCGCAUUUAUGUGGCUGCUAAUAGUGGAGCAAGAAUUGGGUUGGCAGAGGAAAUACGUCACAUGUUCCAUGUGGCCUGGGUAGAUCCUGAUGAUCCUUACAAGGGAUACAAAUAUCUUUAUCUAACUCCUCAAGAUUAUAAGAGAGUCAGCGCCUUGAACUCUGUUCACUGUGAACAUGUGGAAGAUGAAGGGGAAUCCAGGUAUAAGAUAACAGAUAUUAUUGGGAAGGAAGAAGGACUUGGAGCUGAGAACCUCAGGGGUUCUGGGAUGAUUGCUGGGGAAUCCUCAUUGGCAUAUGAUGAGAUCAUCACUAUCAGCCUGGUAACUUGCCGGGCGAUUGGAAUUGGAGCUUAUUUAGUCCGAUUAGGACAGAGAACCAUCCAGGUUGAGAACUCCCAUUUGAUUCUGACAGGAGCAGCAGCCCUCAACAAAGUGCUUGGGCGGGAAGUAUAUACAUCUAAUAACCAGCUUGGAGGCAUCCAGAUUAUGCACAACAAUGGAGUGACACACAGUACUGUAUGUGAUGACUUUGAAGGAGUUCUUACGGUCCUACAUUGGCUGUCCUAUAUGCCCAAGAAUGUGCACAGUCCAGUUCCCCUCCUUAACUCCAAGGAUCCUAUUGAUCGAAUCAUCGAAUUUGUCCCUACAAAGGCCCCCUACGAUCCCCGCUGGAUGUUGGCAGGACGUCCUCACCCAACCCAGAAAGGUCAGUGGCUGAGUGGCUUCUUUGACUAUGGCUCCUUCUCUGAGAUCAUGCAGCCUUGGGCACAGACUGUUGUGGUUGGUAGAGCCCGGCUGGGUGGAAUACCUGUAGGAGUUGUUGCCGUAGAAACCAGAACAGUGGAGCUCAGUAUCCCAGCUGAUCCUGCCAACCUGGACUCUGAGGCCAAGAUAAUUCAACAAGCAGGACAAGUUUGGUUUCCAGAUUCUGCUUUUAAGACCUAUCAGGCCAUCAAGGACUUCAACCGGGAAGGGCUUCCGCUCAUGGUCUUUGCUAACUGGAGAGGCUUUUCUGGUGGAAUGAAAGACAUGUAUGAUCAAGUUCUGAAGUUUGGAGCUUACAUCGUGGAUGGUUUACGUGAAUGUUCUCAACCAGUUAUGGUUUAUAUCCCUCCCCAAGCUGAGCUCCGUGGAGGGUCCUGGGUUGUUAUUGAUCCUACCAUUAAUCCCCGGCAUAUGGAAAUGUAUGCUGACCGGGAAAGCAGAGGAUCUGUUCUGGAGCCAGAGGGGACAGUAGAAAUCAAAUUCCGCAGAAAGGAUUUGGUGAAAACUAUGCGUCGGGUGGACCCAGUCUACAUCCGCCUGGCCGAGCGAUUGGGCACCCCAGAGCUAAGCCCAGCUGAGCGGAAGGAGUUGGAGAGCAAGCUGAAGGAACGGGAGGAAUUCCUCAUUCCCAUUUACCACCAGGUAGCCGUGCAGUUUGCUGACUUGCAUGACACACCAGGACGGAUGCAGGAAAAGGGUGUCAUUAAUGACAUUCUAGAUUGGAAAACAUCCCGCACCUUCUUCUACUGGCGUCUGAGGCGGCUGCUCCUGGAGGACUUGGUGAAGAAGAAGAUCCACGCAGCCAACCCAGAACUGACGGACGGCCAGAUCCAGGCCAUGCUCAGGCGCUGGUUUGUGGAGGUAGAGGGUACAGUGAAGGCCUAUGUCUGGGACAACAACAAGGACCUGGUGGAGUGGCUGGAGAAGCAACUGACAGAGGAAGACGGCUUUCGUUCAGUGGUUGAUGAAAAUAUAAAGUACAUUUCAAGAGAUUACAUCCUCAAGCAGAUCCGAAGCUUGGUGCAGGCCAACCCUGAGGUUGCCAUGGAUUCCAUUGUCCAUAUGACCCAGCACAUCUCUCCUACUCAGCGGGCCGAAGUGGUUCGGAUUCUCUCCACGAUGGACUCUCCUUCAACGUAGGAGGAGCCUGCUGCUCUGCCCCGCCCUGCCCGUCUCCGUACAGUGAGAAGGGCCAGAGCUGCCGUUUGUGACUGAACUUUGACCACAGCUGUGAGUACAGAGAACAGAUGCAGCACUGGAAUGAAUGGGGCUGCUUUUCUCCCCCUGGAUUUUGUCUGGUUACAUGGGACAUGCUGGCAAAACCCCAAGAGAUUACCUACAGCAUCUAUUUAACACAGAAGAGAAUGCCUGCCUCUCCUGCCACAUAUGAAAUGAGAAGACAAUGAAGGGUACAAAUCCAUACCGUGAGGUCUUACUGAAAUGAAGAUAAGGUUAUUCUUCCCUACCCAGCCCAACAUCAACCCUCCCCCACUCCCCAUUUCUUGGCAGAGUUCUAGGCAGUCAGAGGACCUACCUCCUCUCCUCCUCCCCCCAGCCUUAUGAGUCUGCAGCCUCAGUUAAGCAGUGGAGGGUUGGGGAGGGUGUGAGACCAGCCGUGCAAGCAGCAAGCUUUGGGAAAAGAAGCCCUCUGCCAGAUGAUCCCAGCCCAUUUGUCCCCCAGGUCCUGGGAUUAGAGGGAGUAUCAUCCCUAUCUAAAGGGCACCAAGACACUUGUUUAACAAGGAAUCAAUCAGUGGAGCUUGAAAACUAAGUGUGUUCUUUGGGGACUUUGAGACACUAGUGAUCGAGAAAAUGGAGCUUUGGCUAUCCUUGAAGUAGAGGGUAUUGAACCAGAUCCUUUCAGAACAAAUAGGUGGAGAGCCAGCAGAAUCAAGAAUCUGGCUCAUCUUGCUGUUCUGUCCUGUCUUGCCUUUGGGGAUAACAAUGGCAUCACUGUGUGAGGCUCUGGGCUUCUGCCAGGGGAGCGUGUGGGCUGCUUACACACUGUUAUGGCUGGAGGGAAAACACAGUGGAAGUGCCAUUUAUUGGAUUUAACAUGUCUGCCCUUUGCUGUCUCUCAGUGCAAACUCUAGUUGCUUAAGCCAUAGAGAAGGGGCUAAAUCUGGUCCCUUCUUCAGGGUGCAGGAGGUCUUCAUUAUUAAGCCUGGAGCUUUGAUAGUUGCGAGUUAAUUUUCUGGUGCCUGGUCAGUGACUCUCUCCCAUUUCCAAUGCGGUUACAUAGUUAACAGGCCUUCAGUCCCACUUUCUUCAGUCUUAACUUAGGUCCUAGCCUCUGACUUGUCUUCUCCUGUAUCUCUCUGCUAUCAGGAUGGAAAGGAAAUGACUUCCCACCCACCCCCCGACUCUUCCUUAGCUGUGCCCUGGUUGGGGGUGGGGCAGUGAGGACUGUGACUCCAAGCGCUGGCAAGGCUGUCCAAUGGAAUUGGGACCCACAUGACCUUAAUUAAUAGCAUUUACAACUCAGUUACGGUGCUGCUGUCUUCAGGGACCUCCCCGGCCAGCUGUAGGGGCAUACUGAGGGGGGGGAAGUGUUAGUAUUUAUUUUUCCACAAGUAGCUAAUUUAAGGAAAGAAUUUCACUUUUCAUCCUUCUGUGCGUCAGCCAGUCUUAACCCAGCCCAGAAGGUGUUGGGAGCCUGGAAGCAGGGCAGCAGCUGCUUUUUCCUUGAGAGUUAAUUACACCUGACACUGUUUACAAACAAGGGAAGCCCUAAGACAUCUUUUGCCGUAUGUUUUUUAUAGAAAGCUCCAGUUUUGAGCCUUAACCCUAUAGUUGACAAAGCUCUGGCUCUCCUUGGAAAUUUCCACCUGCAGACUGGCUAGCUGAGCUUAUCUCCCAUUCUGAAUUACAAGCACACUCUUGAAUGUGUAAAUGAAUCAGAGUCUGAUAAUAUGGCUGUUGUAAAGGGGAGAUGACCAGUCUGGGAGAUGAGAAGUCCGGCGUGAUCAAACACCAAACAAAGGGAGGGAGCCUUCAGAACUGCUUUAGGCUUUGGACCAGUUAAGAGGGGAAUCCAGUCACCGUGACAUUUUUCUGCAGGAACUAUAUACUUCCCUACACCUCCAGGCAGUGUUAAGUGCUAUACCAGUCUUAAUCAACUCUCUUGGACAGCAGCAAUGUCUCAGUGAUCGUGUGCCCACGCUGCUGUAAAGUAGACCCCUUUUUACCUAUGGUCCCAAUUACUGCCCCAUUUCAAGGAGAAGGACCUUGUUCAAAAUAAGAAGCUCUUCCUGCCUCCUUGAGUUUCUCUCUCCGGGCAGUGGUGCCCUGGACCGGACCUUUCUACAGGGUCAAUAGUCAAGUGUCUCAGCUUGUGAAAAGUCAGAUCUUCUCACUGUGUCAUGCAGAUACAAGCUUACUGAGGCAAGAGGAUUAGAAAUGAUGUAUUGACCAAGUCUUGCUUGAACUGAGAUUGUCAUAUUAUCUUUUCAUUCUGCUCACAAAUCCACAUUUACUUGUCUUGGGUGGACCAAGACCCUGAGGCGAACCGGAGCUUGGGGCAGAUGUGCCCCCAGCCCUCCCAUGUGGAGAGAACCACACGCUCAUGAAAUAAACCUCUGAAUCACACACAGCUUGCACUCUGUCCUGAUCCCAUCCUCGAUGGGAUCUGUCCUUUUCUCCGCUCCAUUUUCAGCUGCUGAGGCCAUGCUGGCUUUGGGAGGGUUAUUAGCAAGAGCACUGGGAAUUCUCGUCAGAGCUUCACAUGACUAUGCACUCAGCUGCCCCAUUCACAUAAGGACAUCACAAACCUGUACAAUGCAGCAAGUUACAGUAACACAGAAUGGAAAACUAAACCAUAUAUAUAUAUAUAUAUUUCUUUUUUAAGUGUCCUUGUCCAACCCGAGAUCUUAAAUAUCUAGAUGAAGUUGUCAUAUACACUUGCUCAAAGGAGACCAUCUUUUUCAGUCUGAAUUCAACUUGUGAUGAGCCAAAUAAAGAAAUCAACUUCCCAGUAAAGGCAGAUGCCAGUAAGAUUGAACCUCUUCUCUCCAAGGUAUGAUCUGACUCGUCUUGCCCUAGGGAGGCCGAGGCAACAUCAGAAGGGGUCAGCUCAGAGGUGUCUGUUAAACCAAGACAAUAGAUGGAUGGGAUGUUAAUUUUUCCUUGUCUACUUAAUUAUCACAUCUACUAAGAAAUUGAAUAUACAAUCCUAUGUGUGUGCUUUUUAAAGAGAAAAAAACCACCCAACCCAAAAGUUCAUUGUCUUUCUUGAGAAAUCUGUAGUGAAUACAGAGUGUUCUUCUAAUAUAGUCAAUCUAAUUAACACUGGGACCAAGUGGCAGAUAUUAGAAAUUUUACAGAGAGGUUUCUUCCUUAUUUAGCCAACUGUACACUUGCCUUUUAGUCCACAUAAGAACUUUAAAUUGCACCCUUGGAUGCCAGAAGCUUUUUUUUUUUUUUCCAAAUUCUGCCUGCCAGGCAAUUGUCAUAGACUGGGAAUUGGAAGACCUAUGUUCCCCUAGGUCAGGUAACUGUACUACUCUGCCUCAGUUUUCACCCACUGAAAAAUGGAGCCUGAUCCAUUCUUUUCAUGAUGCAAGGACAAACCAAGGAGAUCUCAUUGAGAGAAAGCUGCAUUGUCUACUAGAAUAGCUACACGUCAGGGUGGUGGCUGACACUUAACCUUAGUUAUUACUUUGCUGAGGCAAAACCGAGGCUGGCUUGUUGGCCUGGGCACCAGAAUCACUGUUCCAAAAAUGAAAUAAAAGUACAUGUUAAAAAGUCAUGUAGAAAAGAUCCGUCUAAUUUGCUCUGAGCUGGAAAUCACUGAUGGAGGGGAAGGGCAGGGCGGGGAGGAAUUAGGCUCAAGAAGUUUAGGUCCCUUAAGUUGCUGCUCAGUUUCAGAAAGAAUGAGAGACCAGGGUCUCCUCUGGCCACUCUGGCAAACAGGAUUUGUUGCUUUCCUUGUUACCUUCACAGAAAUGGAGGAAGGAAAGAAGGGAGGCUUACACGUUGUCGUCUGUCUGGGAGAGACCGUGCACAAUUACUGUUAUUGCCUUUUCCUUUUGGGAAGCUGCCUGGCAUGUCCAUACUCUCUGCUGCUGCAGAGUCUCACUUACCUCACAAGUUUCUUUUAAUAAAAGACAAUUUAAAACCCA